CGCCUUGCUCAAGAGCUUCAAGAUGAAUUCAAACGAUCUCGGGGCAAUACUACCACGGGUAACUGACCAUGUCCUUCAGGUACAACGUCAGAACGGUGAUGCUCCCACCAUUCCCUUGGCCCCUUUGACGUCGAUCCCCUCGACACUCCCACGCCAGGGCCUUGGAGUCGCGGAUACUUUCGACUUGUUCAAACAAACGAUUGCCCCUGGAUUGAGUUCCAGUAGUGGGCCUCGAUACUUCGGCUUUAUAACUGGCGGUGUGACUCCCGCUGCAUUUAUUGGAGAUGUGUUAGCAACCGCAUAUGAUCAAAAUGUCAUGACGGCAGCAGCAGCAGCCGGCUCCUGCAGUGCCGAUGUUGAAGCGGCCGUUAUGAAGAUGCUGGCGGAUUUACUGCGAUUGCCGUCCGAGUUCGACGGUGUGCUCACUACUGGUGGAACCGCAUCCAAUACAGUAGCAUUGGCUUGCGCGAGGCAAUGGAUUGGUGAGCAUUAUCAAGGUGUUGAUGUAGCCAACGAUGGGAUCCAAGCUCUGAAAGGGAGAAUCUUGGUAUUUGGAACUAUGGCGCAUCAAAGUAUAUCCAAGGCUAUGGGCAUCCUUGGGCUUGGCCGUAAAGUGCAACAUGUGCAGUGUGAUGAAGGACGACCAGCUCGAAUGUGCCCAAAGGAUUUGGACCGGCUGCUGUCGGCAGCAAAGCAGGAUGAAAAUGCUGCAGGCUGCAUUGUCAUCGCGCAAGCUGGUGAGGUGAACACAAGCGACUGUGAUGAUUUGAUAAGCGUAGCAUCUGUUUGCCGAAAGCAUGGUGCAUGGCUUCAUGUCGAUGGAGCUGCAAACCUUCUUGCCCGGGUCUCUGACCGGUAUGGGCACCUUCUGAGCGGCCUGGAGUUGGCGGACAGCAUCACUGGGGACGCGCACAAAUGGCUCAAUGUCCCCUAUGAUUGUGGUAUCUUUUUCACUCGACAUUCUACCGUUCAUGAAGCGGCGUUUGGGGCGUCGGCCUCGUAUUUGGGAAUAUCCACUGGAUUUGCUCCGAUUAAUCGCGGGAUAGAGAAUUCACGCCGCUUUCGAGCACUCCCUCUGUGGAUGUCUUUACAGGCGUAUGGGAGGGAGGGAUUCCAGCAGUUGGUUGAGCGUACGUGCCUCUUUGCACAGCGACUAGGAAACUGGAUUGAAGCAAGCAGCCAGUACAGUUUGCUGGAACCUGUCCGCUUGAAUACCAUCCUAUUCCGAGCAAAUGACUGUGACUCGGAGCAAGCGCACUGCGUCCUUGCCGCCAUUAACAAGACUAGCAAGGUGUUUGUAACACCAACGGUGUGGAGAGGCGAGCCGGCUAUUAGGGCAUCUAUUGCGAAUUGGAAUACUGGAGAGAGGGAUUUGACUAUUACGAUAGAGGCGUUGAUAGAGGGCUAUCAGUCUACAAUAGGAUGA